AUGGAUGAGGCAAGUGGCAUCGCUAUAGGAUACAUCCAAGAUCUGAUUACGCAGAAUCGGAUACCUGAAUUCGACAACCUGUAUCUUGACAUGAAUGGCAUUGUGCACAACUGCUCUCACAACAACAACGACAACGCCCACUACCGUAUUUCCGAAGAAGAGAUCUGGAUCGGCAUCUUCAACUAUGUGGAUCACGUUUUUGCAAAGAUCAAGCCCAAGAAGUUGUUCUUUUUGGCUAUUGAUGGUGUGGCGCCAAGAGCAAAGAUGAACCAGCAACGAUCUCGUCGUUUCAGAACAGCCAAGGAUGCCGAAGCAACAAGAUUGAAAGCAUUGGAUCGUGGUGAAGAAUUGCCUGAAGAACCACCUUUUGAUAGCAAUUGUAUUACGCCAGGUACCGAAUUUAUGGCCAAGUUGACCAAGCAGCUGCGAUACUUUAUCAGCAAAAAGGUAUCCGAAGACUCCAAUUGGCGAGAUGUGGAAAUUGUACUUUCUGGACCCGAGGUACCUGGUGAAGGCGAACACAAGAUUAUGGAAUACAUUCGUUUGGCAAAAGCACAACCUGGCUACAACCCCAACACUCGACAUUGCUUGUAUGGCUUGGAUGCCGAUCUUAUCAUGCUUGGUCUAUUGAGCCACGAUCCUCAUUUCGCAUUAUUACGUGAAGAAGUAACAUUUGGUCGUCAAAACAAAAAGCGAAAGUCAAGCUUGGAUUCUCAAAACUUUUAUCUUAUGCACCUAUCAUUGCUAAGAGAAUACCUGGAUCUGGAAUUCAGCUCGCUCAAGGACACGUUACCCUUUGAAUACAACUUGGAACGCAUCAUUGAUGAUUUUGUCUUGCUGGCCCUCUUUGUUGGCAACGAUUUCCUUCCGCAUUUGCCCAACUUGCACAUCCAUGAUGGUGCCCUCAGUCUCAUGUUCAACAUUUACAAAAAGACUUUGAUGGAUUCGGAUGGUUACCUACAGGAUGCUGGAGUGCUCCACGCUGGUCGUUUGCAAAAGAUCCUGAAUCAAUUGACCGAGGCAGUUGAAAAGGAAUAUUUUGAAGCUGAACGUGCGGAUAUGUUAUACUUGGCCGGCAAACGUGAAGAUGGCCAAACCGAACGCGAGAUGCUGGAUGCUUUGGAAAAGAAAAAGAAGGGUGCUUUAACUAUCACGGAGACGCAAAAGGAGCUCUUUGCACAGAUCAAAUCAUUCAUUAUGGAACACAGCCCUGCAAAUCCUGGUCAGCUCCAUUUCAAGCCUUCCCUUAAGGCUCGUGAUCGCAAGUUUAUCGAGAAUGUCGCCGAUGAUUUUGGUCUUCAUUAUGCUAUCGAAUAUUCGAACGAGGACAAUUCCAAGCACGUGUAUAUUGAAUUUGAGGAGAACGAAGAGGGCGAGGAAGACGUUUCAAGUGUCGAAGAGCUUGAUGAAGAGGCGCUUGCUGCACGUGAUCGCGUUCUGGCAAAGUAUGAGAAUGCCACAGUCGUCAAGGAUAUGAUGACGGAGGAAGAGCUGAAUAAGCGAGAGAAGGAACGAUUUGAUGCGGAUUUUGCUGAAUGGAAACGUGAAUACUAUAAGGAAAAAAUGAAUAUCGAUUUCGACAAUGAAAAGGAAAUGGAGGGUAUCUGUCGUUCGUACAUUGAAGGCAUUCAAUGGGUGUUGCGCUACUACUACAGCGGUGUUGCGUCCUGGGGAUGGUUUUAUCCUUAUCACUAUGCGCCCAAGAUGUCGGAUUUGGUCAAUAUUACAAAGUUCCAGGAUGCCAAAUUUGAGCUUGGCAAACCUUUCCGCCCCUACGAGCAGUUGAUGGGCGUGUUGCCAACAUUGAGCAAGAAACUUUUGCCGCGUGCAUACCAGGAACUCAUGACGAGCACGACUUCGCCUAUUCUUGAUUUCUACCCAAGUGACUUUGAUAUGGAUUUGAACGGCAAGCGUCAAGAUUGGGAAGCGGUUGUCAAAAUUCCCUUUAUUGAUGAAAAGCGAUUGCUGGAUGCGAUGAAGACCUAUGAGCAUCGACUUUCAAAGGAGGAAAAGAAACGUGCCAAGUUUGGAGACUCUUUCAAGUUUGUUUUCGAUGAAUCACUUGCCACCAAGGAAUCAGUUUACCCAAGCUCUUUGCCUGGCAUUUUCCCUGAUAUCCAUCAUUGCAUGUCACGUGAAGAAGUUUUCCAUCUUCCAACAUUGGAUGGCGGUCUCUCUUUCAGAAACCAUUUGCUGGACGGCGUUCAACUUGGCAAGGAUGCAUUGGCUGGUUUCCCUUCGCUGGACACAGUCCCUCAUAAAGGCGAGUUGCGUUUCCACAAUGUGAAUGUCUUCCAACAAGAGAGCAAGAAUGAAACCAUGGUUGUGACUCUUGAAAACCAAUAUGAAGAUGUCAAUAUUGAGGAGAUUGCCAAGAAGCUUUUAUACAAGCGUAUCUUUGUUCAUUAUCCCUAUCUCCAGGAAGCUGUUGUCAUUGGUGUGUCUGAUUUGCGUGCCAAGUAUUAUAUCAAGAUCAGUGGCCGAAAGAAGCAGAUCCGUGAACACGUGUUGGAUGAUGCUGAAAAGGAGGAUUGGCGAAAGCGUAUUGGCCGUGUCGAGUAUAUGUCAAGCAAACGAUUUGGAAUGGAAAUCGGCAAAACUGAGAUUGGUGUGCAUGUGUGUACCUUGCGUGGCAUGAAAAAGACCGAGGAUGGUGCUCUUGUUAAGGAGUAUAUCAAUCCAGCUCAGGAAGAUCUCGUACCUUUGCAGACGAUCGUGACAGAUGUGGCACACCCUGAUCCCCGAUACAUGGAGAAGCCUCCUCCUCCAGUGACUCAAGAAUACCCACUUCAAAGCAAGGUCUUCUUCUUGGGUAGUGCCAUGUAUGGUACACUCGCCACUGUGAUGGGUCAUGGCAAGCGUGAUGUAGUGGAUGUGCAAUUGAUUGUACCUGUCGAUCAUCGUCAGCGUAACGAGCCCAACUUUGGUCGUGCAGUUGCCAUGAAACAGCGUGAAACGAUCCAAUACACGCCCUCUUACGUUGUCAGCAGCACGCUCGGCAUUGAUGGAUUGGUGCUUUCCAAGAUUACAUCAUCAUUGACGAUUCAGGACAAGGGAUUACAGCGCAUUAAUCUCGGCUUGAAUCUCAAAUUCGAAGCAAGACAGCUCAAGGUGGUUGGAUACACACGCAAGAACAACAAUGGUCAAUGGGAGUUCUCGAAUAAGGCCAUCGAUUUGAUUUGUCAGUACUUGAGAGCCUUCCCCAAAUUUAUUGAGUUGUUGCAUUCAAAGAAGGGUUCCGGUAUGCUGACCGUGGCUGAUUUGGUGUGGUCUGAAAGCGGCUCCAAGGAAGUGCAGCGUAUGAAACAAUGGUUGAAGGAAAAGAAUGUGGAUGAUCUUCCCAGAGCACCAUUGGACACCCAAGAAUUGGAAGAGCCCUUUGUCAAGCUUGUGGAAGAGUUGGCUACACAGUACAAUAACGAGUAUGAGGAUCUCCAAUUCAAAAAGGUGGUGAUUCGUCACGUGCCACGCAAUGUCCUUUUGAAGCCUGCAGAUGCAGAGGCCAAAUUGCAUACACAAACUUUCAAGCUUGGUGAUCGUGUGGUUUAUGCACUUGAUGCUGGUGCUGUUCCCUUGGCAACCCGUGGUACAGUGGUUGGUGUGCAAGAAAAGGUUGUCGACGUUGUCUUUGAUACGACAUUUAUGGGUGGUAAAAACUUGGAAGGCCGUUGCUCUGAUUUCCGAGGAUUGGCUUUGCCGUAUGCCAGUGUGAUCAAUCUCUCGUAUCCAGCUUUUGCUGUUCAUCCUGAAAGUGGUGACCACCAUCCUCCUCCUCCCAACAAAGGACGCAAUUUCAACAAAGACCAUCACAACAAUCACCGUGAUGGUGGUGGUGGCCAUCGUCCUCGAGCUCCCAAUGGACCCAAUAAUCAUCAUCAAGGCAACAAUGCAAAUGGCCAUCAUCACAAUGGUCCCAAACGCAAUCCUAAGCAGCAGCAGCAGCAGCAGCAAAAUCGUUAG